ACCUUGUAAUUUGUGGCUUAUUCUGUGAAAUUUUUGAUCCAAAAUGGGGUUUGUGAUGGGGGUUUUUGUUUUUGGGUCGAAUUUUGAGGUAGGAUGUUGUUGAAUCGUUCGUUAGUUAGCUAUACUGGAUGAGAUUUUAGAUUCGGGAGGUUUCUCUGGAGUAAUUUGAAUCUUUGGAAUGUGUAUUUUGAUGUGUAAUUAAGUAUGAUUUGGGGGCGAUUGUUUAGUUACUCACUGAGCUUCAAGUGCAGAGCAAUUAUAACAGUUGGUGGCGUCCUAAGAUUGUGAGGAGAUAGUUGGAUUAUGCCGGUUUGUUCUUCACGAGUUUCAUGCUGAAGUUUGUGCAAUUUGCGUGUCUCUGCAGAUAAUGGUCUGUGUUUCCUUAGAUUCUGGUGGUUGCUUUUCUGAGCUCAAACUGUCAGGUGCUUCGUGUUAACAGUGUUGUUCAUAUUCCUGAACUAAGAUAGUUGGUGGAUCUAAGUACAAAUGGGAGUAUAUCUUAGCACUCCAAAGACCGAAAAGUUCUCAGAGGAUGGUGAGAAUGACAGACUGAGGUUUGGCCUCUCUUGCAUGCAGGGAUGGCGCGCAAAUAUGGAGGAUGCUCAUGCGGCAUUGCCAGAUCUUGAUGAGUCUACAUCAUUCUUUGGUGUUUAUGAUGGCCAUGGAGGAAAGGUGGUUGCUAAGUUCUGCGCAAAAUAUCUACACACUCAGGUCCUCAAGAAUGAAGCCUACUCGGCUGGUGAUUUAGCUACUUCUGUUCAGAAAGCUUUCUUCAGAAUGGAUGAGAUGAUGAGGGGGCAGAGGGGUUGGAGGGAACUAGCCGUAUUGGGAGAUAAGAUAAACAAGUUUACUGGUAUGAUCGAAGGUUUGAUAUGGUCUCCGAGGGGUGGUGAUUCAAGUGAGGCGGAAGAUAACUGGGCCUUUGAGGAGGGGCCGCACUCUGAUUUCUCUGGGCCAACGUCGGGAAGCACUGCUUGUGUGGCAAUUAUAAGAAAUAACCAACUUGUUGUUGCAAAUGCUGGGGAUUCGCGCUGUGUUAUCUCAAGGAAGGGUCAGGCAUACGAUUUGUCAAAAGAUCACAAGCCGGAACACGAGGUAGAAAGGGAGAGGAUAGUAAAAGCAGGGGGAUUCAUCUACGCAGGACGAGUCAAUGGAAGUUUAAACCUGGCAAGAGCCAUAGGAGAUAUGGAAUUCAAACAGAACAAGUUUUUACCGGCAGAGAAACAGAUUGUUACAGCCAAACCUGAUAUAACCAUUGUGGACCUUUGCGAGGAUGAUGACUUUAUUGUUAUCGCAUGCGAUGGCAUUUGGGAUUGCCUGUCUAGUCAGCAAUUAGUGGAUUUUGUCCGUGAGCAUAUAAAUACGGAGAGCUGCCUCUCUGCUGUGUGCGAGAGAGUACUCGACAGGUGCUUGGCGCCGUCGACGAUUGGCGGGGAGGGGUGCGAUAAUAUGACUAUGAUAUUGGUGCAAUUUAAAAAACCAACCGACUCGACCUCUGCCUCUGCUGCCGCAGAGCAGUCGAAGCAGACCGAGCCUGACGUUCAGAUCAAUGAACAACACGAGUAGAACGGCUCCUCAAAGCAUCACGUAGAAAAGCACGCCGGUAGAAGCAUAUCUUAAGGAAAUGGGAAGAAGAUCGAAUGUAUAUACUACAAUGUUCAAUCUGUCUCUCUGAUUCGAGAUUCGUUGUCAGGCUUCUCUUUUUUCUUUUCCUUUUUUUAAUUUUUGUUUCUCUUUCUCAAGUCUCAGAUAAACUUCGUCAGGUAUGCUAUUUCGAUCCAUGUCGACACGACUCCUGUGGUUGUCUUGUUUGCGCAUUGUUUUUAGUUUGUCUGUAACAGUAAAAUACAAUACCAUUUGUAAGAGAUCUCUUUGCUUCUUGAAGUAGAAAAAGAAAGUGGAGAUUCUUCAUCUUCUUGAUGCCCUA